CAAUGUCAAUCCAUCAUCGUUAAAGCUGCGAACUUGCGAUUGGCGAGAGCCCACGAAACAAAAUUUCCCAAUACCAAAAAAGAUCAGUUUUUUAUUUUAUUUUUAAUUCUGGGGGUUUAAGAAAAAGGGGAAGGCGAAGGGGGAAAUGCCCAAAGCUACAACGGCUUGACGACGCAUAUAUCUCGUGCAACAACAACUCGAAACUGCUGGCGGUCGUCUCUCUGCGAUGGUUUCCCUCUCCACCUGGUUCCGGUACAUAGCCCACAAGCUUGAGUACUCUGCCACGCUCAGCUGGAAGAGCUAUCAAAGAGGUCAAAUCACGGACAAGGAGCUAGGUGAUGCCGUUUGGAAAAAUCUAUUUCAGGGAAGGCUGACGUACUUGCAUUGGAAUAAGGGAGAGGAGAUGGCCCCUAGUAUAGGCGCGCAAAGUGGAACUCUUCUUGUCCGGAAGAUACCAGCUGCAGAUCCAAAGCGUGUUUUUGUUGGGGAUGUAGUUGUCUUGAAGGACCCUGAGAAACCCGAUAAUUACCUGGUGAGAAGAUUGGCUGCAAUUGAAGGGUAUGAAAUGCUGUCCACCGAUGAAAAAGAUGAGCCUUUUGUCCUUGAUAAGGAUGAAUGCUGGGUGUUGGCUGAUAAUGAAAGUUUGAAACCCAAGGAAGCCAAUGACAGUCGAAAGUUUGGGCCAGUUUCCAUGACAGACAUAGUUGGCAGAGUCAUAUAUUGUUUACGAACAGCUGUGGAUCAUGGCCCCGUGCAGAACAGCCGUUCUAGCAUGCGAAAGGAUACACCGGUUCUGGAAGUUGAAUUGGAUGUCGAUGAGAUGGCAAAAAACCACAAAGCCUGAAGUAUGUCCUCAUAAAGCAAUGACUACUCGUUUGGUUUGUAUCUAUUUUCCUCCCAAUUGCUUAUUGGAUCAUUUUUCGUCUUUCUCUGUUCUUCCCCUUGUUUCGAGUACCAAGAAGAAAAAUAAAGAUGGAAUUUCUAGUU